AUGGCCUACCAAGAGCGAGGCAUCAACAACAGGUGGGUUAAGGAGCCCACCAAGCUUGCAAAGACCUUGUUGUGUGACGGCAUCAACAACACCGACCUGAAGAAGUCCCGAAAUGAUGACGAUGAGAGCACGGACUCCUGCUCGACCGAUGAAGGUCAAAACCGAGUGCCAGUGCAGGUCGGUCCUGGUCUUUUCCCGACCCACAAGGAUGAUGCAACUUAUAUUGAGUCUGAAUUUGACUACGAUGAGGAUGACGAAGUUCCUUCUGAGCAAAGCGGCGUGCCUGGAUUCGCACCUGUCGAAACCCGGCCACAGGAGGUUGCAGAGCCGGAGCGCUGUGACGGUCCUGAGCAACUGGACUCCUGGUUCUCAGCAGAGGAGACCCUGUUCAUCUUCGACUGGGACGACACCGUAUUGCCAUCCAGUUGGGUGCAGGGUCAAGGACUUCGCUUGGACGACAGCUCCGAAGUCCUUCCCUGGCAUCGACAGCAGCUGAGCAAGGUCGCCGCAGCCGCUGCAGAGACCUUGCGCUUGGCAAAGCAAUUGGGCACUGUAGUUCUGAUCACCAACGCUGAGAGGGGUUGGAUUGAAUUGAGCUGCCAGAAGUUCUUGCCGACCCUUUUCCCAGCUUUGGAGAGUGUCAAGGUGCUGUCUGCCCGCACAACCUAUGAAAGCUCCUGCGUUGCGUCUCCGUUGGAUUGGAAGGUGAAUGCUUUUGCAGCAGAGGUUGCACGGAUUUAUGGCAAUGGAGACAGGCGCAAGAACGUCCUCUCACUAGGAGACAGUGUGCAUGAGCGAGAGGCAUUGUUAAGGUCAACGUCCAGGAUGCCCAACUGCAGGUCCAAAUCUCUCAAGUUCGUGGAGCGUCCGGACAUCUCGCAGAUUUGCAAGCAGCACGCCUUGGUGUGCAAUUGCUUUGAGAAAAUCGUGGCUCGUUGGCUUUUGGCGAAAGAAUGA